UUUUGUUGCGCAGCAUUAGCCGCUGAGACAGAACGCGGUGACGUCAACAAAUCUGACAGGAAGUGCUUAGUUGCCGACAGUCAGCUGAUAGAGUAACGACAUCGGCUACAAGUUCAACGGUCGAAGAUGGCCUACCCGAAAUCCCACAACCCAUUUGCGGACGAUGAGGAGGACGAUUUCAGGCCCAAAAGAAGGGAGUGGGAGGACGAGCCGGGCGACAGUGAGAUGAGCGAACCGGAGAGAAGGCAGCGGUACCUCCAGCAGGAAGUGAUGCGCACGGCUCAGUCUGCUGUGGACAGCAGUCACCGUUCCCUCGGACUCCUCUAUCAAUCGGAGAAGAUUGGUGUGGAAACUGCAGAGGAGCUGGUUAGACAGGGUGAGGUUCUGAAAAGGGCCGACAAGAUGAUGGACAACAUGGAUCAGGACCUGAAGACCAGCCAGAAGCACAUUAACGGCAUCAAAAGCGUGUGGGGGGGCCUUGUCAACUACUUCAAGGGCAAGCCAGAGGUGAAGCCCCCACCCGAGGAGCCAAAGGCCUACCAGGCCAACGACCGAUUACAGACCGCCAUUUCCAGCAGCAGAGGAAACGAAGAUAAGUACCAAGCCAGCCACCCCAAUCUAAGAAAGCUGGACACGGGAGGAUUCGGAGCGUCUGCGUCAAUGGAUGACGGCUCAUCUGGCAAUAAUGGAUACCCUCAGAACAGACACCUCAGGGAGGCUCACAAGACGCUCGAUAACAAUCUGGAUGAGAUGUGCGACGGCUUGAGCAGACUGAAGAACCUCGGCCUCGGCCUUCAGUCCGAGAUAGAGGACCAGGAUGACUCCAUCGAUUCUCUGAUGAACAAAGUGGACAAGAUGGAUCUUAAGAUCCACAACACGAACCAACAGAUUAAAAACCUCAAAUAAAACCACUUCUUGGACCUAGCGGGACGGAAGACGGCAUCAGGUCGCCGUUUCAACGCGGCUCUCCAUCAGACUCUGCUCAAUGAGUCCUGUGUUCUUUUAAGAUAUUUUGAUCCUUUUUUUCCUCUGGGGGACUUACUCAGUCAUUUCCAUUUGGCCACAACAUCUUCUUUCUACUCAAUUUUAUUCUGACAUGUUGAUUUAACAAAUCCUCUCAACUCAAGAAACUGAUUUAUUAACUUGUGUAUUCAGUGUUUAAUGUACUGUUCUUUUUUUUGUUGUUAUUCCCUCCGAAGCUUCACUGGCGAUUAGUGUUUGACAAAUGAAGUAAUAGCUCAUUUUUCCUUUUUAAUUAUAAACAACCUGGUAGAUGGACAACAACAUGGAAUGCCUCCAAAGCUAGAAUGUUUUUGUGUGUGUGACUCAUGUCAACGCUAACGUCCUGCAUUCCACAUAUGUACCAAACACUUGCACGUCACUUUCUGCCUUACAAUAAUAUGUCCAGUACACAAGCCUUUGUCUUCAUCUCACCACGAGAUGCUUCCCUUUGUUUGUAUAUCAUUCAUGUUCCUUCCCCCUGCCUUUAUAUACCUCGUUUUACACAGAUGAACAUUGUGUUGAAUUCGGCAGAAUGUGAAGAAGCUCGCUGUGAAUGUGAAAAGAACUCUUAACGAAUCAUCUCUUCUCUGUUGAGUAGAGUAGACAAACCACUUAAACAAAAACAAGCCUAUUCCAAUGUUUAAAAAGAGAGGAACUAUGGUCACAUUUAUAUCAUGUAGUCUUUAAUGGAAGGCACAUACCCAAUAAAACCAUUUAAAAGGCAA